AUGCCACGGGUAGGCGCGUUGAGGCUUGCCGCCACCUCUGCGCCAACGCGGCCUGUGCCGCAGCUUGCGUUUGCUGCCAGACAAGAGGAGGAGCAGAGCCGUUUGGCGAUAGGGCCAGGCAAUCGCAUUCGCCCCGUGGGCGUUGCGGACCCGAGCAAUACCCAGGUCGAGGUUGCUGCGCCUCUUGGCGCAGUGACGCAGCAUCGCACGCUUGUUGCGGGCGAUGGAGCAUCGACGGCAGCUGGAAUCCUGGCUCUUCCGGAUGCGGGUCCGGCGGCAUUUGCGGCGGUGUCUUUGCAGCUGCGAGCGCAGCGCGGUCAGAUACCGUCGGCCGCCGAAUGGCGCACAAUGCCGCAGCUGCGGCUGGAGUGGUGGCUGUGUCGGCAUUGCAGAGACGUUGUCAACCACAACUCGGCCACGUCCUGCAGCAGAUGCGCGUCGAGCGUCAGGGAGAUGACGCCAUAUGCAAGUCCAGCCGAGGUCGCAGCCCUCUCAGCCAACGCACAGCGCACCGCGUAUGGUCGGAGACUCAAAAGUGUGCAGGGAAAAGAGCAGCCUGUCGCUCUGGCUGUUGCGCAGACGCCGGGCAGCGCCGGCUAUGCCAGCGCUGUCCUUGCCCAGAUUGCGAGCUUUCAGCCUGGGUCGAAGCGGCUGGAGGCGAUGGUGGAGCCUCGUGUUGGCCUUUUUGACGGAUGGCUCGCCCUCAUCCGCUCGCACUUUGGGUUUGAAGCUGCUGUCCUCUUUUGGUACCGUUUUGCUGGAAAGAACAACAAGCACGUGAAACGGCGCAAGCGCGGCAUUGCUUGCUGUGCUGGCUGUCUUCGUGCGACGCCCGAGGGUCGCGCUCGCUUCCGUGCCGCCGACACGUUUGUGCAGCGCGACGAGUUCGGCAUCCGGCCUGAGACUCGCUGCGGCGUCUGCACUCUGCAGUACCUUUGGGAGGCGCACGACGGCUCCAGCGGCACGGAGGGUGCAGCGUCGGCGCAGUGCUUUCGCGCUUUGGCUCCUGGCUACCGAAAGUUCUCGUGGCAGAAGGGCGCCAUUGGGAGCUUUGUUGUAAAAUUCUUCUAG